GGCAUCUCUUCUGACAAAAGAACAGCAGACAGUCCUGCGUAUCAAAUACAGAAUUUCUGCAUUAUCAAAGUGACAGAAUUUGGUAAGCAAGAGGAAUUUCAAGGUUUAAGAACUAGCAUGGCCAACUCUAUAGGAUGGACAAGUUUUGUGGAAAAUACCAGCUUAGAAGAAACAGGGUAUAUCAACAUUAUCAAUAACUCUGUAAAUUGGACAAUAGAUGGGGAAUGCUGUUUUUAUCCUGUUAAUUACUCCAUUAACAUCACUCUAGUUCCAAGUUCCACUACUUUUGUCAACUCUGAAAUUCUGUGGAUUAUCUUCGUUUCUAUGACUCUAUCGGUUUUGAUUUUGGCUACUGUUCUUGGCAAUGUUCUGGUCAUCGCAGCCAUUUUGUUGGAAAAGAAUCUUCAUACGGUGGGCAACUAUCUCGUGCUAUCCCUAGCUCUUACUGAUUUAACAGUAGCUUGCCUAGUCAUGCCACUUGGGGCCGUUUAUGAAGUUAGGCAAGAAUGGGUUUUUGGUCUCAUACUGUGCGACGUGUGGACCUCGUGCGACGUCCUGUGUUGCACGGCUUCCAUUCUUCACCUACUAGCUAUUGCUGUAGACAGAUAUUGGGCUGUGACGAACGUGGAUUAUAUUCACCAAAGAAGUUUCCUUCAUAUUGGAAUUAUGAUACUACUUGUGUGGACAGUAUCUGGUAUAGUGUCGUUUGGGCCUGUUCUAGGCUGGAAAGAUCCAGAAUACAAAGAACGCAUCCUGAUACACAAAAUCUGUCUCGUUAGUCAAGACAUAGGCUAUCAAGUUUUUGCUACGUUUGCUUCUUUCUAUAUUCCGUUAGUGUUAGUACUUUGCCUCUACUGGAGAAUAUACCAAGAAGCUAGAAAAAGAAUUCGUCGAAGAAGUGGAACGCCUGGCUACUGCUCUUUCCGAAAACUUCCUGUACCCCCUCCAGUUUCUUCAAUGACGGAAAUGACAACAUUUGUGACACAUUCGUCAAGCAACUCACAUUUUGAGGCAAUGCUCUCAUCUAGAAACGGAUAUAUGGCAAACUAUAACGGUUCCUUUAAAUCCCAUAUUCGUCCUAAACGAAAAAAGAUAAAAUGCUCCAAAGACUCGCUGGCAGAAACUAACAGAGAAAGAAAAGCAGCCAAAACUCUAGCAAUUAUUACUGGGGUUUUUGUUAUGUGUUGGCUACCGUUCUUUGUAGUAGUAUUAGUAAUGCCAAUAUGUAGCAGCUGUAAUCUUCCCUCUUAUUUGUUUAGUCUAUUUGUGUGGCUCGGGUAUUCAAAUUCCAUGUUAAACCCUAUUAUCUACACUAUAUUUAGUCCUGAUUUUCGGUGUGCCUUCAAACGUAUGAUGUUUCAUUCUAAAAAAUGAUUAUACUUUCCACGUUGUAUUUGGACUCGUGCAGUAGAUGGUAUUUUUAGAAUAACAUAGCUUUCAUUAUUGGUCCUUGACGAAAUUUGAAGAGAUAACAAGUUCUGGGUCUCUAUCAAAAACAAAUAAAAGGUAGAAAGCAGUGCAAGCUCACUCUGUAACUUGCUAAAUAACGAAAGAAGGACUUAGUGAAAGACGAACUUAACAUUCAUUAAAUACUAUAUAAUCGUUGAUUCGUUUGAAAUUAUAAACGACGACCACAAAGGGAAGAUAUGAAAGUUAAAACCUUCAAAAAAUAAUCAUUGAAUUUAGAGUACGUGUAUCACUGAAAAGAGUCAUCAAAGACAAUGUUGCGAACAUUUCAUCUUGUUAAUAUUGGCGAUUAAUGCUAAUUGAUUUAUAUUUUUGUCACUUUAUAGUUUUAGAAUUUUUAACACUCACUAUUCAUCCGUAUUUAUAUGUAGUGCCUUUUAAUAUCCUGAAUAAAAAGUAUCUUUUAUUUUGUUAAUGUAGUAACAACCACCGCCACAUAUAAAGCUAUUAUGAGUACAUGUAAUUUUAUUGUCCCGAAGUGUUAUAUAAUAAAAUAAAUCACCAUUACUGUACGACACUUAAUACAUUCGUUUUGUCCAUAAAAUGAAUUUUUACUAAAGUUAAUAGGGAUUGUAGUAAGCAUUCUAUAACGAUGGAAAAGCUUGAAAUUGGAUAUGUAAAAUGAAUCUAUCUAAUAUGUUCAAAAUAAGGUCAAUUUGUUAGACCUUUUCAGUUUUUAUUAACCCAUGUAAAACAGAAAUGAGUUUACGUACACAGUUGAGACCGAUACGAAAAACUUCUACAAAACAAAUUUGUUCACGUAGUUUUCUGUUCGUCUUUCAACGAUCAUUUUUAUGAUGAUUAAAUAUUCACCUUUUGUGAAAUAUUAAAGUC